GCCCGCUUCGCCGUCUACGACAAUCCCAGUCGUCCUCUCAAGCUCCCCCUUCCCUCGCCACGUCUUCCUCCCCUUCUACUUCUCAUCCCCCUCGUUCAACUCAUAGCAAUGGCCGCCGUUGAAGUACAGGAAAUCCGUGCGGCGUCGUAUGUCGGUUUCGACUCCAUCACGCAGCAGAUCGAGCAUAAGCUGCUCAAGCGCGGAUUCCAAUUUAAUGUCAUGGUCGUCGGCCAAACGGGACUGGGCAAGUCGACGCUCAUCAACACCAUCUUCGCGUCGCACUUGAUCGAUUCGAAGGGACGGCUUGAGGCGGACGAGCCUGUCAGGCAGACGACGGAGAUUCAGACGGUCUCGCAUGUCAUCACGGAGAACGGCGUGCGACUGAGGUUGAACAUCGUCGACACGCCUGGGUACGGCGACCAGGUGAACAACGAGAACUGCUGGGACCCGAUCAUCAAGUAUAUCAAGGACCAGCACAGCGCGUACCUGCGCAAGGAGCUCACCGCGAUGCGCGACCGGUACAUCCAGGACACGCGCAUCCACUGCUGCUUGUACUUCAUCAACCCGACGGGACAUGCGCUCCGCGCGAUCGACGUGAUCGUUAUGAAGAAGCUCAGCGAGGUCGUCAACGUCGUCCCCGUCAUCGCGAAGGCGGACAGCCUGACGCUCGAGGAGCGCGAGGCUUUCAAGCAGAAGAUCCGCGCGGAGCUGUUCCACCAUAGCAUCCGUAUGUAUCCGUUCGACACGGAAGAGAACGACGAGGAGGAGGUGCAGCUCAACGAGAGCAUCCGGAACAUGAUCCCGUUCGCGGUCGUCGGCUCUGAGCGCAACGUGAUCAUUGGCGGGAAGUCCGUGCGUGGGCGCAAGAACCGCUGGGGCGUCGUCAACGUCGAGGACGAGACCCACUGCGAGUUCGUGUCGCUGAGGAACUUCCUCACGAGGACGCACUUGCAGGACCUGAUCGAGACGACGGCGCAGAUCCACUACGAGGCGUUCCGCUCAAAACAGCUUUUGGCGCUCAAGGAGAACGCGCGGCCACAGCAGGCGGCCUGAAGAGCCCACAGUGUGCUUUCCUUUAUCCCUAAAAGAUUGUCAUACCCGCGCACUCAGCUGCGCCCCCCGUCGCUCAUUUGCUUUUUCUUUUCCAUUGCUCGUUUUUCUCGAGAGAUGCUCAGCACGACGUUUUUUUUCGCUGAUAAGUUUUUUCUCUAAUUGAUGUUGUUUCUUUUUGUCGGACCUACCAGGAAUCAGAUUUCAGAACCAGAAUACCAUCGUGCCAAGUUGUUUUGUUGAUUUUUACUGUCGUCCCCGUCUCCCGUGCGAUGUGGAACAAGCAGUGAUCGAGCCUUUCGCUACCGAUAUGUGCGGUUGUUCAGCUUGUGCGUUGUUUGUGUGCCGUGAAUGGUCGAUUUUGCAGGUUUGCGUUUGUGAUGCAAGGACAUAUACAAUGAAUUUAAUUGUCGAUGCGUGGUCGAUGAC